AUGGCCAUUGGAAACGACCCUCACCAUGUCAGCGACGUGAUGGCGGAUGCGUUAAGCCACUUAAGUCGGGUGGUGGAACAUCUUCGAGGCGAGGGUGAAAAUGAAGCAGCGAAUGGCAUCGCACGCGACGUCCACUCCAUGCUGGACACGUUCAAUCACACUACUGCCCCCUGGGGGAUGGAAAAGUUCCAGAUGAAGCCUGCACCUGCACCCAAAGGCCCACCGAUCCCACACAGUCGAACCACCACUCCCUCCGACGCGAGAUCCAAUGCAUCCACCUGGGCCGCGGUGGCAGCCACGGACAUUCCGCGAAACAAUCGACUGGUUAAAUUCCGACCAUCGGAUGCAUUGAAGAGAACCAUAACCACUGAAGCCACCGUCCAACCCAAGGAUGAGGACUACCGUUGCCUUUGGAUUUAUGGGUGGACCAAGGAGAGAGCUCUGAGCACCAUCACUGACCGAGUCAAUACCGGGGCUGUCUUCUCCAUGGCUUUUGUCGAAGAAUAUGGCGCGGUCUGCAUCAUAUUCCAGUAUGCCAGCGCAGCCAUGGCCUUUAUGGGCGAGAAUUCUCAGGCGCUUCGGGACUCGGGCGUCAGCUUGUUUGGCCCUCUGCAGACAGUCAGGUACGGGGAGCCGUAUCCCGAAAAUGCUGACAUUCGGCGGAUGGGCAGCCCGAGUAAUGAGCGACGUCGCCUCACCUUCGCUCGUCAACAGCUUUUCACGAAUGGCUUGAACGAAGAGCAGUUUAAGAAGGACCUGAUCGACAUGGUGGGAACCGACAACGUCGAACUGGUGUGGUUGUUCAAUACCGGGAAUGCCACGGUUGUUUUCUCUUCCACGGUGAUUGCACGGAUUGUCCGAGACGAAUUCCUUCAUCGCUCCAGAAAACCGGGACCGUAUCACGAUGUUCACGUGGGAUUCUCGCAUGACCCCUGUGAACGCCCUAUGAAUUUGAUCACCCAGAUCCCGUAUCCUGGAACAUCCCCGCGAGACCGAAGUAACAGCAACAAGUCAGGAUCAAGUGGUCGAAUCAACCAAUCGACAUCUACCAAACUAGGAUCAGGGGCUAUUGUCCGGAUCAGAAAGGGAACCGACUCGGAUGGUUGGCAAACCGUGCAGCGAAAGCGCUGA